AAUCACAACUAAAUGUCAAACACUAAACAGUGCUUGCUUAGCCGGUUUAAGCUUUCAAUUUUGUCGUUUUACCUACUCUUAAAUCUAUAAUAAAAAUGAUUUGGCAAUAAGUAAUAUAUAUCUUUCUAGCCAUAAAAUUAAUGAUUAAACAUUAAAAACGAACUAUUGAAUAUCUUACUUUGUAAUCCAGGAGUAAAAAUUGCCCUCCAAAAUGUCGGGAAAAGCAUAUACCUUGAAAGAAAUGAAAACGAUAGUGGAAUAUUUAACAGAGCACAAAGCCUUUGGUGAAAUUAAAGGCAGAAAAAUGUGGAAGGAUUUAGCAGAUUCAAAAGUUACAAGUAGAACAUGGCAAAGCUUAAAAGAGACAUUUCUUAAAAGAAUAUUACCUGAUAUUUACAAUCCUUACUACAAGUUAUCUCCCCAAGAAAUAGCGAGUUUUAAACAAGGAUAUGAUGUAGAAGCAAGACUAAACAACAAGCUUGAAAUUCGAUCAACUAGUCGUGAUUCAACCACGGAGAGUGAAGACAUAAUAAAUGAAGAAGCUGACAACGAUAAAGACAAAAAUGAAACUAAUUCAGCAGGUGAGGUUCCUAAACAGUCAGAAUCAGAUAUAAGAGCUUCCACAGAAACCCUUGUGCUAGAGGAUUGUUAUGACAAUUCUGAAGAUAAAGAUCAAUCUCCGAAAAAGUCUCUAAGAGAACUAAUUACAUAUUCUGAACCCUUAACACCCAUGCUGCAAGCAGUUAUUGAUGAUUUUGCUACAGAUGAUGGCGAAGGAUCAAAUGAUGAACCAGCAAUGCAAAUAGUUGAGCUUCCCGACACAGAUCUCAAUUGUGAUGAAGGUAAAGAAACAACCAAGGCACCUGAAGAAAACAUGGAACUUGACAACUUGAACACUGCUUCACAAGAAGAAAUUACUAAUGAACCAGGGGAAACAAAUACUGAGCAAACUUCACCUGAGCAAUCAGAAUCAGAGAUAUCACCACCAAAAAAUGAUACUAUUAAUGAAAAAGAAAAAAAUAAUGAAAUUUCAAUUGUACUAAGUGAAGAAGAUGAUAACAUUACGAAAUAUAAUAACAGAAAUUCAACUGAAGUAAAUCUUGCUGAUGUGAACAAACCUAAAAUCUCAUUUGAAACUACACAAAAUUCCAAUACAACAACUGAUACUUUUAUACCCGAUAACCAAGAAGGAUUUAAAGGAAACUCUCAAACCAUACCACUUAAAAUAAAUAAUAAAAAAACAGUGGACAAGAACCAAGAUAUAAAACGUGCUAAGAAAAGAGCUAGCUCUCAAGAAAAUCCAUCUUCAACCAUUAAUAAAAAAAGCCUUGAAAAAGACAAACUAUCUAUAUCAGAUACAGACACAAUCAUCAAAAACAAAAUAAAACCGUCAACUAUAUCUACCCAAGUCCAAUUGAAACAAAACAUUCCUGAAGAAGUUGAGACUGUAGUCUUAGAUGAACAUUCAAAAGCUGAUCAAGUAAUGAAGGAAGAACCUCCACAGAAAGAACAAGUUGACGGAAAGGCGGACAGCUUACAAAAUAAUGAAAACAAUUCAGAAGAACUUGAGAAUCCAUGUUUGAAAAGUGUAAGUUUGUAUGCUGAACAGUUUUCAAACUCCAAGUACACAGAUUCUGAAACAAGUAUAGUUGAAGAUGAUACCAAAAAUGAUAAACACAAAAAGAAGGAAGAUGAGACAAAAACUGAAAAGGACGAAAAAUUAAAUACUACGAACGAGAUCGAAGUCAAAUAUACCAAAGCAAAUAAUGAUGUAAAGAAAACACAACUAGAAAUAAAGAGAGGAAAUACUAAUAACACAAACGAGGUUGUGAUACUAAAAUCUCAUUCUGAUUCCUUCAGUGAUAACGGUCAAGAACAACGGAAGCGAGUCAUUAAACAAUCAGUAAAACAAAAUAGAGACAAAGCUUUGUCACAUAUGUUUGGAUUUUCAAGUGGAGGAGUAACUAAAAGUCGCAAGAGUAGUCACAAUUAUAGAAAACAUACAUCACCUCGUAAACAAAAACACAUUAUCAGCUCCGAAUCGAGUGAUUGGACUUCGGACACCGGAUCAGAAUACGUUUCUCCACCGCGAGGUCGAAAGAAUAGACAGACUAGGAAAUAUUUGAAACCUAAAUCGGCACGAAUAUUGUCAUUGGAAGAGGAAGGCGGUCUGUUCGUAAUGUACGGAAAGAAAAUAUACCCAGUAGUGAAGGACGGCAAAAUAAUUAAGAAUUAUGUCAACUUGACAACAGACAAUGAUAAUGAACGAGAAGAGUCAUUUUGGAAAUUGAAAUAUGUGGAGGAAAAGAAAAGAACCGCUGAAUUAACAAAGUUAUUAAAUCAAGUCCAGGAGCAGAAUGAACAUGAAGAAAUUAGUAGAAUUCCUGUACUACCGACAACUUCCAGAAAUCAGCCAUUGGUUGAAUAUCCUAAGAAAACCAAUGAAGUAGCAGAUAAAAAAUUGCCCAUCAAAGAUGUCACAGAGCCAAUAGCAGUACAGGCACAAGAAGAAAAGACAGUUAAAAUUAAAUUUACCAAAAAUAAUGAGGAAGUUCAAUUGGAGGGACACUGGUCACACGUCAACCCAGUUUUGGCGCAGGUUCUACAACUGUUUCAGAAAGAACCACAAAUUAUAACCAGAGAGAAAGAGACAACAAUAGUCAAAGAACUUAAAGAACCAGUCCAUGGGCCAAAGCAGCUUAGUGGAAAUUCAACACCUAUUGAUAUGAUUGUUGACGAAGAAGUACAAGAAAAGGUUGACCAAAUAGAAGGCGAGAUCUUUAAAGAAAUAGAAGAAAGAGAGAAGGAAAAAUCGCCUAAACCAAAACAAGAGACACCAAUAAAGGAUAAUAAUAUCACGAAACGAAAAGGUAGACCAAAAAAAUCUCAAUCAAGUCCUACGGAACAAAGUCCAGCAAAGAAACCUAAAGUUGAAGAAACUGAAGCUAAAUCAGAUAAUGUAGGUACACCGACUACAGUACCGAACACAGCAAGUCCAACCAGAAGAAUUACUAGGACACCGAAGAAGCUUACAAUAGAUAAUGAUACAACUGAAGAAAAUUCUGUUAGAACAAGACAAACAGCGAAGAAGUCCUUAUUAGAUACAAAGAAUUCAGAACCACAGGAUGACGUUAAAUACAAGUUCCCAUCACCUCCACCAGCAAAUAGAAAAUCCUAUACCAACAAAUCACAAAAAGUAACAAAGAAUACAAGACAGAGAAAAUCUAGCAGUUCGGUGAACUUCAAAAUAUAUUCCUCGCCGGAAAACCUUUCCCUUAAUUCUAUAGAAAGUACUCAAGGCUAUCAAGAUUCGGACGAGAGUCCUAUAAAGACGUAUCAGAAAAGAAAAAAACGAACGAGCUUCACAUUACCACACUACAGAACUAGAAAUCAAACUCGUUCACAAAAAACAAUCCAUCCUUAUUUGACUGAUGAUUUAACAAGCGACUCAAAUGACUCCUACCAGGGCCCUCCUCUAAAGUCAAUGGUUUUUCAAAAUUCGAGCCUAAAAUCCGAUGUAUAUAAAUCAGAAUCUUACCAACUGCUGAUGAAUAACGUUACAUUUCGAAAUAAAACUUCGUCUCAACUUGAAAAAAUCGAUGAAGCUAGUCCAAUUUCAAACGAAUUACAAUAUGUAAGUGAUCAAAUUUGUAAACAAGUUUCCGAUUUUAAAAUAGACAUAGAAGACAAAGAAAAUUUCCGUCAUACAAACACUGAUAGUUCGAGUAAUGUAACACUACCAACUUCACCGGUUUUGUCAAUAGUGGAAAAUAUAUCAAUAAGUAAAUCCUUAUUGAACAAUUCAAAUGACUUUUUGCUUGAAGAUAAUGUGGCGAAAACCGAUCACAACGAACACGUCAUGCUAAAUGAGCUCAUGGAAACAGACGGAGAUAUUUCUAUGCCGCUGAUGGAGCAGGACUGUGGUGUUGAAACAACCACGCAAAAUGGCGUAGAGUACCAUUACAAUUUAAAUUUACCCAAAACAUCUGUCAAUCAUAUGUCUGAAUCGUUUCUCAAUAAAAUAAAUAUAGUUAAAAUUACUGAUCCAACUUUGUCUGAAUCUAUUCACCGUCAAUUGAGAGAUUUAAUUUUGGAAAGUGCUAAGAAACAUUCCAAAGGUGACUUUAAUAUUUUAAUGGAAAGUUGCAAAGAUGUCGAAAUGAAAGAGAAUGUUGAAAGUAAAAUUACUAAACCAAAAAAAAGAAGUUCUACGCCUCGCAAACGUCAAAGCAUGCGUAAGUUAAAACUAACGAACACUGAGCCCUGUAUUGAAGAAGAGCACAUGGAGACAUGUUCAUACACAAGCCGGCAGUCCUGCCCGCCUGUGAUGCAAGUUUAUGAUGAUUUUGAUACGGAAAAUGAAAUUAAUCAUCCCGUACAAAUUUUUGAAAAUCGUAAAGGGAAAAAGAAAAAGGAUAUUAUAAAAGUAAAAAUUUCAAAACCAAAACGCAAAAAGAUAGUGAAAGAGAUUGUAGAAAAGAGUAUUCGAAACAAACAGAAUUCCAUGCAUACAGAUAGUGGCAUAAAUGAUGUUGAGUCAGGUGUAUUUCUCAAUACUUUCAAUGACAGCGUUGAUCUUAUACAUAAUCAUUCGGAAACUUGUCUUAAUACUAACGAAUGCUUAGGAGACAGCGUUGAAAUCAUUAAAAGUGCCACUAAAUCAAUCAUAUCCUUGGAUUCCGACUCUAAUGAUUGUGACGCAAACAUACCACAGUUUUUCGGCAAUUUACCAGAUAAAAUGUCCUACGAGCUGUUUUCCUGUGAUGCUCAAGAUGUGUCUGUUCUUCAAAAAGUAAUUGGUGUAUCGGAGUACAAAACCGCCGAAAGUGCUAGCGCCACUGUCUUUCAUACCCCUUUAGGAAGUCUAUCACCUCCAGACAGUCUCAUAACGGAAGAUUUAUCUAGUGAAAUACCCGAGAAAAGAACUCGUAAUACAAGAUGGUACCUUUUUUCAGAAGAUGACAUUUCUAAUACUAAUAACUUGGAUAUUAAUCAAAGCUCUAUGGCUCAUAUCAGCUGCGGCGCCAAUUUAAACCAAAUAUUUCCUAUCACAUGUGCCAUUCCAGACCUAUCCACUAUUACAGAAAUGUCCAAAGAAAAUGAAGAAAAUACGAGAAAGUCAAAAGAUGAUACCGAUACUAGAAAUGAUUUUGAUUCACAGAGCCUGUUUAACUAG